GCUUGGGAUUCUCUACGCCCCUCCACUGCUCAUGCUCACUCAUGUGCUCUCUCUUUCAAAAUAAAUAAAUAAACUUAAAAGAAAUCAAAUUAAAUUAAAAAAAUAAAGAAUUCUUGUUCAUGCAAUCUUGUAUUUUUGGUAUUAAUAAGUGACGUGUUCCUUGCUUUUAGAUUGCUGUUUUUUUCUACUUAAUUCUCCUGAAGUGAUUGGCUAGAAGCCUCUGAAAACAUGGAUCAUGUAAAAGGUCUCAGUCCUCUAGAGCAUGAUUCCUCAGACCAAAGAUAGAAUUGCAGAAGCCUGGAUUUGGAACAAGUGACCAAAGAGAAAACAGAAAAGAGAAAACAGAAAACAUAAAACAGAAAACCCAGAUCUAACAGAUGUUGGGAGAAAACACAACUCUAAACAAAUGAGUGCUGUAAGUUCCCAACAGGACAAGGGGUUGGACCCUCCUACUGGAAGCUAUCUCUUGAAUGCUCGGACAAACCCUGUGAAUUGUUAAUUCUCCACUCUUGAAUUCAUCAUCAGCUUUGAAAUAAAAGAAGACAGGAUGAAUGUGACUGAAUUCAUUCUAAUGGGACUUACCCAGAAUCCUCAGAUGCAGAGAAUUCUAUUUUUGGUGUUACUUAUCAUCUACAUUGUCACUGUCACAGGCAACCUGCUCAUUGUGGUCACUAUAAUCUGCAGCCAGACUUUGGAUUCCCCAAUGUAUUUCUUCCUGGCAUUCUUGUCUUUGAUAGAUGCAUGCUAUUCCUCCUCCAUAGUCCCUAAAAUGUUAGCUGAUCUGCUUUCUGAUUCAAAAUCUGUUUCUUUCAGUGGCUGCAUGACACAGCUCUUUGUAGAACAUUUCUUAGGAGCUUCAGAGAUUGUCCUCCUUGUGGUCAUGGCCUAUGACCGCUAUGUGGCCAUCUGUAGACCCCUGCACUACGUGACCAUCAUGAACCACCACACAUGUCGCCUCUUUGUGGGGGUGUGUUGGGCAGUGGGUUUUCUCCACUCCAUUGGACAGAUUCUAGUUACUUUCUGGCUCCCAUUCUGUGGUCCCAAUGUCAUGGAUCACUUCAUGUGUGACAUUUUCCCCCUGUUACAACUUGCCUGUACUGACACUUUCCUUGUUGGCCUCUUGGUUGUUGCCAAUGGUGGAGUAAUUUCUGUGAUCACCUUUGUGAUGUUAUUGGUAUCCUAUGUGGUCAUCCUGUGCUCCCUGAAGACUCACAGCUCUGCAGGGAGGAAAAAGGCCCUCUCUACCUGUGGCUCCCACAUCACAGUUGUUGUUUUGUUCUUCGUGCCCUGUACUUUUAUGUAUCUGAGACCAGUAGCUACUUUUCCCAUGGAUAAAGUCCUAACACUAUUCUUUACUCUUAUUACUCCCAUGCUAAACCCUGUCAUCUACACAGUAAGGAAUACAGAAGUAAAAAAUGCCAUUAGAAUGUUAUUAAACAGCAAUGCAAUUUCAGAAAAUAAAUGACCCACUACAAAGAUGUUAUUUCUUUCAUGAUCUUUUACAUUUUUAUAUUUUAUUACUUUUAAGACCUCAUAUCUCUCAUGUGGCACAACACCUCUGCAAGCAGGUAUUAUUAUGAUUAUUCCUAUUUUACAGAUGAAGGAAAAUGAAGUUCAAAAACAUUAAAUAACCAGCCCAAUGUCAGACAGAGCUAGUAUGCAGCUCUGCCUUUUUCUAAAUCCAAAUUUGAUGCUCUUUCAACCAUUUCAAAGAGUAUCAGAAAAAAGGCAGCAUUUCAUCAGAACUCUUGUUUUGUAACAGACUUAAAAAUGUUCCUUUCUAAUUACAGAGCUGUGUAAUGGCUUGUGUAUAUAAGCAGUUGGUACUCAGUUGAAUUGCCUACUGGCCUAGGACAGUGUGGAAUGCAAUUUAGAAAGGAGGUAUUUGCCAAUACCCUCUUAGCACACACUUGAUAUAUCUAAUGUUUAAAAUUAUCUUGGGUUUCUUGUUCCGUUGGGUAAAAGUUGUCAGGGAUUAUAAAAAUUAAUUGUAUUUAGACUGAUGUGAAGAUUUUAAAGUGUUUUCCCAUGGUCACAACUUACAAAAUUGAAUUCUCGUGUUUUUAUUUUACAGAAAAAAAGUAGAAAAUCAGAAAGGUUAAAUAACUAGAUCAUAGAACAUGCAAGCCAGCCUUGAGUGCAAAUAUUCGUACUCCACAUCCUGUGAUCUUUUCAUGAUACAGGGGUCUGGGACUGGUAUUUGAUUAUGGUUUGGUUUAUAAAAAUAGUUUUUGGUUAUAUGCCAUAGAAAGUGACACUUUGAGUAAUAAUUAUUAGUAAAAUCAAAUGUAAUUAUUUGUCAGAAACAUGCAGUAAAAUCAUUUCACUAUUAAAAAGUUGACUUUGCAUUUAGUUCCUUGAACCUGGAAUCCUCUUUGGAAACUGCUUUAGGAGAGCAUUUAUAAGAGAUACGAAAAAAUAGGAAUCAUUACUCAACAGUUGUCAAAGAAAGUAUUUCUCAGCUGAACAGCUUAAGUUGCAUGACUUUCUUGUGAAUUA